GCCCCGGCCCCGCACGGACGGCAAGAUGGCGGCGGCCGCGGCGUGGCUGCGGCGGGGCGGCUGGAGCGCGGCGGGGCGGCGCGGUCUGGCGGGCGGGCGCAGUUACAGCGGCGGCGGCGGCGGGUACCCGGGCGUGCCGCUGACCUGCCCGCUGCCCGGCGUGCCCAAGGCGGUGUUCGCGGCCGCCGAGGGCCGGGAGCGGUUCGAGACGCGGGUGUCGGUGCUGGAGAACGGGCUGCGGGUCGCCUCCCAGAACAAGUUCGGGCAGUUCUGCACCGUGGGCCUGCUUGUGAAUUCAGGAUCGAGGCAUGAAGCGAAGCACCUCAGUGGCAUCUCGCACUUCCUGGAAAAGCUGGCCUUCUCCUCCACAGCUCAGUUUGGCAGCAAAGAUGACAUUCUCCUCACCUUAGAAAAGCAUGGGGGCAUUUGUGACUGCCAGGCAUCAAGGGACACCAUCAUGUAUGCUGUUUCUGCUGAAGCCAAAGGCCUGGACACUGUGGUCAACUUGCUGGCUGAUGUAGCACUACAGCCCAGGCUCUCAGAUGAAGAAAUGGAGAUGACUCGCACAGCAAUACGCUUUGAGCUGGAGGACUUGAACAUGAGACCUGAUCCUGAGCCUCUCCUCACUGAGAUGAUCCAUGCAGCAGCCUACAGAGACAAUACAGUUGGACUGAACAGGUUCUGCCCAGUGGAAAAUACUGACAAAAUUAAUCAGGAAGUCCUGCAUUCUUACCUGGGCAAUUACUACACUCCAGACAGGAUGGUGCUGGCUGGGGUGGGAAUCGAGCACGAGCAGUUAGUGGAAUGUGCAAAGAAAUACCUGCUUGGAGUGGAGCCAGUGUGGGGCAGUGGGCAGAGCAAGGAUGUGGACAGAUCUGUGGCUCAGUACACGGGAGGCAUUGUCAAGGUUGAAAAAGAUAUGUCAGAUGUGAGUCUGGGCCCUACUCCCAUCCCAGAGCUUACCCACAUCAUGAUUGGGUUAGAAAGCUGCUCAUUUUUAGAGGAAGAUUUCAUUCCCUUUGCUGUGUUAAACAUGAUGAUGGGAGGUGGUGGCUCCUUUUCAGCUGGAGGGCCUGGCAAGGGCAUGUUCACCCGGCUGUACCUCAAUGUGCUCAACAGGCACCACUGGAUGUAUAAUGCAACCUCUUACCACCACAGCUAUGAGGAUACAGGUCUCCUGUGCAUACAUGCCAGUGCUGAUCCAAAGCAGGUUCGAGAGAUGGUGGAAAUCAUCACCAGAGAAUUCAUCUUGAUGGCAGGAGCAGUAGGAGAGGUAGAACUUGAGCGGGCGAAGACGCAGCUGAAGUCCAUGCUCAUGAUGAACCUUGAGUCUCGACCAGUGAUCUUUGAGGAUGUAGGAAGGCAAGUGUUGGCAACAAACACAAGGAAGCUGCCUCACGAGCUCUGCGACCUCAUCAGUCAGGUGAAAUCUACUGAUAUCAAGAGAGUGGUCACUAAGAUGCUUCAUAAAAAACCAGCUGUGGCUGCCCUAGGUGACUUAACAGAUUUGCCCACGUAUGAACACAUCCAGGCAGCGCUUUCCAGCAAGGACGGGCGGCUCCCGCGGCUCUACCGGCUCUUCCGAUGAAGCGGAGGGAGAGAGACCCCUGCAGAGAGAGACCCCUGCAGAGAGAGACCCCUGCAGAUGCCUGAGAGACUUGCUGCUUUUUUUCUUUUUUUAAAAUAUGUUUUUGAGAUAAUAAUAUUGCUGCACACCCUUCCCUUCCAUCCUUACUGUGCAAACAGGGAGCUGUGCUACAGUUGAACAAAGCUGCUUCAGAACACUGGGCUGUGAAGAGCUCAUGUUGGGCUCAAAGGCCCACCCUGGCUCUGGAGGAGUACUUUGACCCUCUGAGUAGGUUACAAGAGGAGAUGGGUGUAAACACCCUUCUCUUGGCACUGGGGAAACUCUGCAAGCCCAAAUAUUCAUCACUGCAACUGAAAACAGUAUCUGAGAAGUGUCGGUCGCUGCUGUGUCUUAUCUUGUCAGCAGCAGAGGUGGGGCUGUUACACGUGGAGGCCCUCGCAUGUGCCCUGCCCUUCCCUGUGGGGAUUAAAGGACAGACUUCAGGCUCCAUCACUGUUAAAAGUAAAAAGGUGUGUUCAUCUUUCCUCACCAGGGUGAUCACUGGACCUGUUAGUAAAGAAGGUGCAGUUCAGUGUGACAGGAGGGACUGCAGUGAGAUGCUCUCUGACCUGUCAGUUACAUGGGCAUAGAAACACUGCUCAAAGUGCUGUUAAAGGCCUUGGGUUACCUAGCUGAAUUCAAAGAAUAUUUGCAAAAUGAACAAAGAUUUGAUCAAACUGAAUUAGGAAAAUACUAGUUAUUAUCCCUGUGAAGUUAGGCAACAAGUUUCCUGCAGCCCAGGUUUUGUUACAAGUAUGGAUGCAUUUAAUCAGUGUAAUUUACCAGCUGUAGUACUACUGGAAGUGAUGGGUCUGGAAAUAAUAAUUUUGCUGGAGCUCAGUUAUGGCAUGUGUCUGCUUUCCUCUUAAGUUUCUGUGGAGUUAAUCUACAGAGAUACUUUGCAUAAUGCUACAUGGGCACUUGCUCUAGAAGGAAAGCAAUCCCAUUCUUCAGGUUUUUUUUCACUUGUGCGUGAACUGUGCUAAAGAAUAAAAGUGCUUUUACUGCAGACCUGGGAUACAAACAGUAAGUUAUUAAAGGAGUUGCUGCUGCUGCA